UUGGUUUCGUGUUGUGUGUGUUGUUGAGAGCAGUUAUGCGGAACUUGAGUCUCCUCCUCGGCGUGUUUCUGCUGCGGCUUCCUAUUUACUGAAACUUCUUGUGGCAUGUUCACAGAGAUCUGGUCUCUGACAGUCAGGAUGGACUGAGCUGACACCAACAUGACUUUAUUACAUAUGCAGUGGGUGUGAAUGUGGUUUUUUUUUACACACCUUUCUUUUGCGCUUUUCUUUAUUUAGUUUUUCUGUACUUUCCACAUAACUGAAGAUGAAGUUUAACGGGUACCUGAAGCUGCGGAUCGGUGAGGCGGUGGACCUGAAGCCCACCACCUUCUCCCUUAGACACUCCGUCAUCUUCAACAAGGCUCCUCCGGCCCUGGACCCCUACAUAGUGGUGAAAGUGGACGACUACAAAAUCGGACAGACCCACACCAAGCAGAAGACCAACAUGCCCACGUACAACGAGGAGUUCUGCCUCAACGUGAACGACGGCAAGCAGAUCGAGCUGGCGGUUUUCCACGAUACUCCGAUCGGGUACGAUGACUUUGUGGCCAACUGCAUCAUCCAACUGGAGGACCUCAUCCAGACCUCCAACACUGGGGAGACCUUUGAGGGAUGGAUGGACUUGGAGCCAGAGGGCAAGGUCUAUGUCCUAAUUACACUCACUGGAUCCUUCACUGAUGAUGAUGCCUUAGUGAAAGAAAAGACCUACAAGCAGUUCACAAGGAAGCGUCAGAGGGCCGUGAAACGGAAGAUCCACCAGGUCAACGGGCAUAAGUUCAUGUCCACUUUCCUCCGUCAGCCCACCUUCUGUUUCCACUGCAAAGAGUUCAUCUGGGGUGUUUUUGGAAAGCAGGGUUACCAGUGUCAAGUGUGUACCUGUGUGGUUCACAAACGAUGCCACGAGCACGUUGUCACUGAGUGCCCACUCAUGAAGAAACCUGCAAAAGAACAACAGCCCAUAAACCAAGGCUUCAGCAUCAACGUCCCUCACAAAUUCAACAUGCACAACUACAAGUCGCCCACCUUCUGCGACCACUGUGGCUCCCUGUUAUGGGGAAUAGUCCGACAGGGGCUGCACUGCAAAAGCUGCAAGAUGAACGUUCACAUCCGCUGCAAAGGCAACGUUGCUCCCAACUGCGGAGUCAACAGCGUGGAACUGGCCAAUAGGCUCGCAGAGAUGGGUCUGCAGGCUGGAGGGCUUGCCAAGCGAAACUCAGUGGUCAAAAGUGUAGAGCCGAUGAAGGCGCCCUCUGAAAGGAGGGAGAGUACUGAAACUCAGCGUCAAACUCCUCGAUUGGGAAUUUCAAACUUCACGUUCCUCCAAGUGCUUGGCAAGGGCAGCUUUGGCAAGGUGAUGCUGGCGAGGCUAAACAGCAGAGAACGAGUUUUUGCUGUGAAGGUGUUGAAGAAGGACAUCAUUUUGCAGGACGACGAUGUUGAGUGUACCAUGACAGAGAAGAGGGUGCUGUCAUUGGCCCGCUGCCACCCCUACCUCACACAGCUGUACUGCUGCUUCCAGACACCGGACCGCCUCUUCUUCGUGAUGGAGUUCGUGAAUGGUGGAGAUCUCAUGUUCCACAUCCAGAAGUCGAGGAAGUUUGAGGAGGCCAGAGCACGUUUCUACUCGGCAGAGAUCACAUCUGCUCUCAUGUUCCUGCACAGCAAAGGCAUCAUUUACAGGGAUCUGAAAUUGGACAAUGUUCUUCUUGAUAAAGACGGUCACUGCAAGCUGGCGGAUUUUGGGAUGUGCAAAGAGGGCAUAUUUGAAGGUGUGGCGACGGGAACUUUCUGUGGGACUCCGGACUACAUUGCACCCGAGAUCCUGCAGGAGAUGCUGUACGGACCCUCUGUGGAUUGGUGGGCGCUCGGGGUGCUGCUGUUUGAGAUGCUGUCAGGACACGCCCCCUUCGAGGCCGAAAAUGAAGAUGACCUCUUUGAAUCCAUCCUCAAUGAAGAGAUUGUUUACCCGUCUUGGCUCAGCACGGAGGCAUUUAACAUACUCAAAGCUUUGUUGACCAAAAACCCAGCCCGGCGUCUGGGCUGUGUGGCCUCAGAGGGCGGUGAGAGCGCAGUGACCAGCCACGCCUUCUUUACCGGCAUCGACUGGGAGAAACUGAAUCGUAGAGAAAUAGAACCACCCUUCAAGCCCAGGAUUAAAACACCAGAGGAUGUGAACAACUUUGACCCAGAUUUUACUCAGGAAGAGCCAACCCUCACACCCAUUGAUGACCCUGUCAUCCCUUCUGUCAGCCAGGAGGAGUUUCAAAACUUUUCCUUCACUUCACCCGAACUGCUGGAGAGCUAAUCAUGUCCUCACUGAUUUGCCAGUCAUCAUGUACUUGUCUCAGUCAUCUCUGUGUCUAUGACGUAGCAGAAGGCAGUCCCCAGUGGUAUGUACAGUUUGACGCUGCCACGUUACCCCAGAGAUAUGAGUGUGCAAACUGCCAGAGGACUCAGCCAAACACAAGCUGGACAAGAAACCGCGGCUUCACAUGAACUCUUACGCACUUGUGAAAUUCAAAGCGGCGUGUGACCAGCUUUCAGAAUUGUAUUUAGUUUUAACUGUGAUAUAGCUUAAGUGAUGCAUUCAUUUAAGUGUCUAUGUGGUCAGUAUGUAUUUGAUAUGUUAUGUUGUGAUGAGUUUGCUUCCAUUUACUUCAAAUGAAAAAGCACUUUUUGGAACACAAAGACAUGGUUUGUGAUUUAAAUUUUGCUCCGGGAAGAAAUCAUAAGUCAGUUUUACCCAAGCUUGCAAGACAUUCCCAGAAAAGUUGAAGUGCCAGUUAUAUCCUGGAAGGACUGAGAGAGCAGUUGAAAUAUUUUCUCAAUGAUGUGACCCUACUCUGGAAAAAAUGCACAAACUGACACGGACCCACAUUGACUGGCUAAAAGAGAGUGGAUGGUUGAGUCCAUCCAUUUUAUGAAGAAGAAAAGGGUAAAAUUUAAAUGAAGCUCAAAUAACAGCAUUAUAUCUACGUCAAACCUUUUGAUUGAAUUAAGUUAAAGGUUCAGUUUUUAAUCAAAUAAAAAAUUUAAAAGGA